AUGUCCAAACCCAAAAUCACGUAUCAGGACCUCGAAGAGCUUCUCAAGAAUGACAACAAGGUCAAAGUAGGAGGCCUCGACGUUGACGGCAUCGUCCGCGGCAAGUAUGUCUCGAAGAAGAAGUUCCUCUCCGCCGCCAAACCCGACUCCGACUUUGGCUUUUGCUCCGUCAUCUUCGGAUGGGACAUGCACGAUUUCGUCUACCCAACGGAGCUUCUCGUCUCCAACAAGGCCAAUGGCUAUCGCGACUUGUCCGCCAAGAUCGAUCUCGACACUUACCGCCGCAUUCCGUGGGAAGACAACCUGCCCUUCUUCCUCAUCCGGUUCUUCAACCCUGAUGGCACACCGCUCGCCGUCUGCCCACGCAACUUGCUCCGCUCCAUCACCGCCAAAGCCGACUCGGACCUAGGCCUGCUCUGCAUGGCGGGUGCAGAGUUCGAGUACUUCCAGUUUGCCGAGACGGCACAGUCGGUCGAGCAGAAGGGCUUUGUGCAGUUGACCCCCUUGACACCGGGCAAUCACGGCUACUCGAUGUUGCGCACUACACUCAACAAGGACUACUUCCUCGAGCUCUUCGACGCAGCCGAGGCGUUCAGCAUCGACGUUGAGGGUCAUCACACUGAGACAGGGCCUGGCGUGUACGAGACUGCUCUCGCCUACACCGAAGUCACACGAAUGGCCGACAUGGCCGUGCUGUACAAGCUGCUCGCCAAGUCCGUCGGUAUCAAGCAUGGCGUAUUGCCUACGUUCAUGGCCAAGCCGUGGGCCAACCUGGCUGGAUGCUCGGGACACAUUCACGUUUCACUGCGAGACCCUUCCACCGGUCGCAACGUCUUUGCGCUCAGUCAGGAGGAAAUCGACGCUGGCGGUCGAUCAGAUGCGCCCUACGACGAUGUGCGCUACAUUUCCAAAACAGCCGAGCAGUUUCUGGCGGGAGUCAUGACCGGGUUGCCGGACAUCAUGCCCAUGCUGUGCCCCACGAUCAACUCGUACAAGCGCCUCACCACCGGCGAAGCCUUCUGGGCGCCCAACAUCUGUUCGUACGGCUACGAUUCCCGCCUCGCCUCGGUGCGCAUCCUCGGCCCACCGGACGUGCCCGAGUACGGCACCCGCUUCGAAGUGCGCGUGCCCGGGGCGGACCUCAAUGCGCAGUACGCGUUCGCCGCCGUCUUCGCCCUCGGCCUCUAUGGCAUCGCCAACAAGCUCGAGCUGCCCUUCGCGCCGAUGGAUCUGUCCAAGAGCCUCAAGGAGCAGAAGUUAGUGCUGCUGCCCACAUCGCUCGAAGCCGCCACAGAGCGCUUUAUGGCCAAGGAGAGACUCGCGAGGAAGGUGCUCGGGGAUACACUGGUGGACCACUUUGGAGGCACGAGAUUGCACGAGGUCAAACUCUUCAACCAGACUGUGACCAAUUGGGAGAUGGAGCGGUACAUGGAGCUCAUCUAG